AUGGCUCCAAAGAGCGGUAUAGCUUACGGACGGAGGCUUGUACCACAGGUCGUAGAUGAACUUGCAGCCACAGUCCCGGAAAGAAUCUACGCUGCCAUUCCAAAAACAUCUAAUGUACAGGACGGCUAUCGCGAUGUAACCAUCGCCGAGCUCGCCCAUUGUGUUAACUUCAUGGCUAGGUGGCUUGAGGAGAAGUUCGGCAAGAGUGAGACGUUUGAGACCAUCACUUACGUGGGGCUGUCAGAUCUCAAAGGCAUUACCACCCUUCUGGCCGCCAUCAAAGUCGGCUACAAGCUCUUGGUCCCUUCACCGCGCAAUCCUCCAGCUAUAAAUCUGCACCUGAUUAAUACUACAGGUAGCAGCAAGGUGCUAUAUGCCGCAGAGAUUGAGCCCUUAAUGAAACCACUCCAGGCUCUGGCACCCUCCGCCAAGUUUGAGGCUGUCCCUUCCCUCGAGGAAAUGCUCGACGGCACCAUGAACACGACGCCGUAUCCAUAUGAGAAAACCUUCGAAGAAGCCAGGAACGAUCCGAUCAUUAUCCUCCACUCUUCGGGAUCAACUGGCUUGCCCAAACCAAUCACAAUCACUCAUGGCUCCAUCGCUGCUCAUGACAAUGACCAUAAUGUCCCAUCUCCGCCCGGCCGUGAGAAGCAAGACACGACCGUCUUCACGCUUGACGGUGACAAACGGCGCUUGUAUCUCAUCUUGCCCUUUUUCCAUCUUGGCGGCUUCAUUUUCUUCAUGGAUGCUGAGCUGCUGAAAGAGGUAGCCCGACAGCAGGAUUUGCGUGCUAUCAUUGUCGUCCCGGCCAUUUUGGAGCAACUCUCGCAUGACCCGAAAGGCAUAUAUUUGCUUAAGCGUCUAGAGUUUGUCGGCUGCGCCGGCGCUCCCUUGCCAGGCCCAGUCGGAGAUCCUAUUUCUAGCAUCGUAAGGCUUCGUAUUUUCAUUGGCUCGACCGAGACAUUCCCUCUGCCAGAGCUUGCUAAAGGUCCUGAGGACUGGCAAUACCAUGAGUUCGCUCCAACCCUCAAACACGAGAUGCGGCCGUACGAUGAGCAAACUGGUACUUUUGAGUUGAUAAUUUUUGCCGAGGAAUCAGACCGAGAUGCAGCUCCUGUGUUCCACAACUUGCCCGGCGAGAAUCCGUACUACACUAAGGAUCUCUUCACCAAGCACCCGACGAAACCGAAUCUCUACAAGUACUAUGGGCGGAGGGAUGAUAUUCUAGUUCUAACCAAUGGCGAGAAGGUGAAUCCAAUUCCCCUGGAACAACAUGUUCAGGCAGACGCAUCUCUGAAGGGUGUCCUCCUUACUGGCAAUGGCCGGACCCAGCCUGCGUUGAUCGUCGAGCCCAGAGAUGCCCUGGACGAACCCGGGCGCGCUCAACUCCUGGAAAAGCUCUGGCCACGGGUCGAAGAGGCAAACAGCCACGUUGCUGGUCCUGGGCGUGUUGCUCGCGGCAUGGUCAUCUGUGCCACAUCCGAGAAACCAUUCACUAGAACUGGCAAGGGGACCAUUGUUCGCAAAUUGACACAGGACGAUUACCAAGACGACAUCGAUCGUCUAUAUACGGGCCCAGCUAAAGCCCAGCGUUUCGUCUCAAUCGACCUCAAAGCCAAGCAGAAGAAAAUAUACGAGGGUGCGGAUGUUAUUGAUUUCCUCCGGCAGAUCCUGGCCGUCUCCUUUCCACCAGCUUCUACGAUCGCAGAAGACGAGGACUUCUUUGCUCAUGGAUUAGACUCCAUUCGAACGUUAGAGAUCACAGCCACUCUCAAGCACAACCUCGAAGCGCUGAAGUCAACUUCUGUGGCGUGGAUGGCUCCACGACUUAUAUUUCAGCACUCCACACUAGCCAAUCUUUCCAAGGUUUUGGGUGCAUUCUUGAAUGAUGGGGUAUUGCCUGCAGAAGACUCACCGUCAAAUCGUGCGAGAGCUUUGGAUGAGGCAGUGGCCCGCUACGUCAAGGAUUUGCCUACGAAAUCAACAAGUCAGCCCAAGGCAGGCUCCCGGAAUGAUUCAGGUCAAAAUGUCGCUAUCAUCGGCUCGACGGGCUACGUUGGCUCUCACAUCGUCGCCAAGCUGCUGAAGAACUCUGCUAUUUCUCACAUCUACUGCCUCAACCGCGGCAGUGAUAUCUCAGCCAGUCGAGAAAGGACACUCAGCAAGCUCGACGAGAAUAUCGCUGUGCCUCUCGAGAAGUUCACUUUCAUGCAGGUGGAUCUGGGUGCUCCACAUCUUGGGUUGGCCGUAGAGCAGUAUCAAAAGAUUCUUAACGAGGUAGACGUCGUGCUUUACAAUGCAUGGCGAUUGGACUUUGGACUUGCUCUUCAUUCAUUCGAUCCAUUCCUCCGUACAACUCGGGACCUGGUGGACAUGUCUCUUUCAAGCCUGAAAAGACUACACAUAGUUUUCGUCAGCUCAACCUCUUCGGUAGCAGGCCUGGGUACUGGUUCAGCGGUCCCAGAAGCACCAGUCGACGACCCUUUGGCGGCGAUGAACACCGGCUACGGACAAUCAAAGCUGGCAGCAGAGAAAGUUCUGGCCACAGCUUCUCGCCAAUGCGGAGUGCCCGUAUCUGUCGUUCGUGUUGGUCAGGUUGGUGGUCUCAGCCACGGCGAAGGUGUCUGGGCUGAUCAGCCAUGGGUCUCGGCCAUCAUCCGCUCCUCGAAGACACUGGGAUCUUUCCCGAGCCCUGUUAUGCCUGUUGACUGGGUCCCGGUUGACACACUUGCGACAAUUUCCGAGCGCAUCAUCCUCCAGCCUGCCAAGGAUGUGCAGGUGCCUCAGUUCUACAACGUUGUAUCCAAAGCACAGCCUUGGACACUGCUGCUUGAUACACUUCCCGAGAAGGUGCGACAAGCAAUUUCAAGAGUUAUCUCUCUUCCAGAAUGGGUCGGCGAACUUCGUAAGGCAUCUGAGUCGGGUGGUACGAGCAUCUCAGAGUUGCCAGCAGUACGACUUGUGGACUUUUACGUGCUUUUGGGAGGCGGUAUAGAGUCUGCGGACUUCGAAACGGCUAAGACUGAAGCCAUCACAGGCCAGAACUUGGGGCCCUUGCAAAAGAAGACCUUGGCAUCAUGGUUGAAGAAAUGGGAUCUCUAA